AUUGUACCGAGAACGUCCUAGAAGCGUCGUGUUGUGUUGAGGGCUGUUGAAAGACACUUCACAUGUUUGGAUUUAUCUUGGCUUGAAAUAACGUUAGAGAAGAGAGUAUUGCUGUGCGUGUAUUGAAUGCAGGGGGUAUACUUGGUACAGGUUUUCUAUGAGCGUUAUAGGGAAGGAUAUAUUUAUUUUAUUUUUACACAGUUAUAAGCCCCUAAAUAACUUCCAGCUGAGCUGUGUGUAAUGCAUGAAUGUACAGAUGUCCAAAUAAGAUGAUAAAUGACGUCACUCUGUGCUAGCCUGUUACCUCUCCUGCUAGUUUGUGUGGGCUUGUUGGAGACACGAGCAUGUGACCCUGCUCAAGAAUUCACCACAGUCACGUUCAACUGCACCGACACGACUCCCUCGAACGAUCUGCACUGGACAUUCGACACGACCCCCGUCUCCACGUGCACCAACGCCACCAGCAGCACCUGCAGGAACCAGACCAGCAUCGUGUACAACACGACCAGGGCUAACGGUUUCAGUACCUUGACCAUCGUGAACGUCACGAGAUCUCACGUGGGCGUCUGGAACUGCUCAUACUUGCAGACACCAGCUUUAUUUUCCUGCCCACUUAAACUCUUUUCCCCGCCUGUGGUGCCAGUGUGUACCAAACCCAGACUAGUCAACUAUGGCAGCUACCAGAACAUUAAAGUUGUCUGUACAGCCAGCAAAGUCUAUCCGCAGGCCGAUUGUCGCUUCCACAUGAAGCAGCCAGGGGAGUCCAACUUUAGCAUAGCCACGGGGUCGAAGGUGGAAUCGAACAAAACCCAGUCAGAUCCUGAGUAUUACGCUACCACCUGCACUCUCGAGGUCAAAUGGAACACGACACUUAACGGAAACUGGUCGUUUUUUGUCCAGAUGUGGCCUAACAUCACAGCCCCUACCAACGUCAAAAUGAAUAGCAGUGUCGAGAGCAUUGAGCUAGACCCAGUUUUACCGGAAGUCAGGCUCAAUAAAAACUGUUUUGAUGGCAAAGUGAUGCAGCACUACCUACCGUAUAAAAAGAUCAACUGCACGUGCGAGUUGGCCACCCCCGGACUACCCCCUGGUCAGGCCUAUUGGGUGGACAGCUCCAGAAACUGGACCCAGGAUUCCUCACCGAAUUUAAUUAUUUCUUACACACAAGACAACAGAACGUUAGUGUGUGCUUCUAGGUCUGUGUUGGGAAAUGGAAAAAACGUCACGUUUUCACCUAAAUUUGCAGUCCCAGCCGAGGUGGUCAAGUUCACAGCCAAUGACGUCACCAUCCUUGAGGUGGACAACGGCACCGAGGUCACGUUCCAGUGUGACGUCAGCAGCGAGCCACCGGGCAGCCUCAGCAUCAGACACGAGGGCACCAACGGCACCAUCACCGACAGGGGCAGGCAACCCUUGUACUGUCAGGAUAUAGGGAUGUAUGUCUGCGAGGCGUGGAACAGCAUUAUUCCCCAGGUGUUGAUACGGCGAUACGUGCAAGUCUACGUCCUGUGUGAACCCACACUUGAUCAAGACAACUCCCGCACCGGUCAACUCACUCGGAGAGUCGGACACAACGCCACCGUACAGUUCUGUAUCACCGGCUACCCCCCUCCUUCCGGGUACAAGAUCCUCAAACCCCAACACCUCGCCAACAUUACCACCACCAUGACCAACCUCAGUCAAUCGUAUUCUGACAGUUUUCUGUAUACUGUGGUCUACAUCCCUAUUAGAAUAAACGCUGGGUGUAUUAAUUUUACUAUCUACAACAUUCAAGAAAGAGACUUUGCAAAUUACUCACUCAUUAUUUACAACGACGCAUUGGAAGAAGUGACGUACACUUUUGAAAUAAUAAAAGAAAAGAGAGAGACUGAGUCAAGUGACGCCGGAGCGAUAGCUGGAGGGGUUAUAGCAGCCCUUGUCAUCAUCGUUUUAAUUGUUGUCUUGGUCUUACAUUUAAGAAGACGAGGUGUAAAACUCAAUUGUAAAAAAAUAAGUUUCUUCAGAUCUGCUCGCAAGAAUAACAGAAACAGAGAUGUGACUAGCAAUGUGUACGGCAACGAUGCUGUAGUGAAAGCGGUUGAUAAAAGGGACGAUGAAGCCGGCGUUAAAAGAGACGUUCAGGCUGAGAGGAAGAAAAAAGCCGGCAAACAAAAAGAAAAACCGGCGGAGAAAACGAAAAAAGAAACACAGGAAACAUAUGAUAGUAUGGAGAUCGGGCCGGUAUACGAAAGAGAUUAUGAGGCGAUGGCUCAACCUGAAGUCGAUACAGUUUAUCAAAAUUAACAUCAGUAUGUGUGGGGAUUGUGUAAAAGUGUAUCAUAUCGAAAUUUGGCCAUUAUUUAAUCACACAAGUCAUGUAAAUAAAAAUUACACUCUACAUACUUUACUGAUUUAUAAUACAUUUCAUUUUUUUUAUAUUUUGUAUUUGGUAUUGUGUGCGUAACGUAAUCAUCUCCAAUAUAUUUUUAUGAUUUUUACUUCCAGUACACAUCUAGAGAGAAUAGAGAUAUAUUUUUUAACUAUUUUUUUUAGUUAUAUUGAGCUAGUGUCUGUGACACCGCUUAAUGAACAGAA